CACGUUAAAGCUGCAGCAUCAGAGCUGGAGGAAGAUGAGGAAAGUUAUGGAGUAUGGUUAAAAUAGCGCGUUUGGUUUGCUGUUUUCCCACAUGCAGUCCUCAGGUAUGGUGAUAUAAGUUCUACGAAGGCAGUCGUACUAUUAAAGUUCCCAAUUAGGUUUAGCAAACACAUCUCGUUGCUCCUACUUGUUGCUAGAUGUCACUUCACAACUUUCUUGCGGGUUAAUUUAGCUUUUUCUUUUGGACGAUGGAGAGAAUGCACUCAGAGGACCGGAAUCAAAAACCUCACCGCGUGUCCCUGUGCGGAAGAGUCAUUUCAUUUCAGCUCAGUCGUGUUGCAGCCCACAGGGAAAGUGACAGAGUCGUGUCCGAGUUAUCAUUGUGCAGCCUGUCAUUUAAACAGCAAGACAACAUCUUCCUCAAGGCAAAUGCCGCAGAGGUUGUCAUCAGCCGCAAAAGCUCAGCACACGUGGAUAUUGUAAAAUGUAAAUGCGCCUUGGACGUGCAAAAGAGAGUCAUCACACCUUUCGUUCUGGUGAUGAAGAGCAAGAAAAGAAGCAGCUUCACUUACACGCUGCUCACGGUCAGCAGCGCCAAUAGACUGGAGCCGUACAUUGAAUUUAAACUGCCUUAUGAAAUGACUGGAAGUGUGUCCAUUCUUCAGGGCCCUACUGUGUUGUGGAGUCAUGCUGGUGGCGUCUUCUACACAUCCCUGCAGGCAGGUGAAGUGAUACAAAUACCCAUUCAGAUCUCCCACAGCCUCAUGGGAGAGCUACCCCUCCACAAAGGACAGGUGUUCAUAGUAGGGCUGCAAAAGUCAGCAGAGGAAGGCUUCAAAGACCAGUCCAGUGGAACAGCCAGGAGCCAGACCCUGGGGUAUUUUGUAGAGAGUGGACAGGUGUUUGAUGGCACUGUGAUUUUACCUCAUGCUUACAGUUGCAUUACACAGUGCAUCUUGGUGCUCUCCGCUGAGGAUGUUGAUGGUGUGAUGAAAUGCUCUGUGGUUGCCGCAACCUCUAAAAGGCAGCUGGUUUAUUUUGAGCAUGGAAUCCCGAAAGAGGCAUGCCAGCUCCCAUUUGCGGCACCCAAAGAUAUUCAAGUGGUCAACACAGGAAGAAAUGGCUUGCUGUUUACCAUAUCCUUUGACCAGGGCCAUGUCUGUGCAAUAUGGAAGGAGACAUUUCAGAUUGCCUCCUGCUGGUCAGGCGUCAGCUCUGUUCAUGUGGAUGACUUCCUGGGAUUUGGGACAGAGCAACUGCUGUUGGUUUUUGAGGAUCAGGGCGCAUCAGGACAUCUAUUGGAUAAUUUCCUCAUCACUGACCUCUGUGGCACUGCGUACUCUCGCGGGCAGGAGAAUGAAGCACUAAAGACACCUCAUCUGGCACAGGACAACUAUCUCCGCACUCUUCAAGCUUUAGAGUCCAGACUACAGAGUGGUUUGACCGAGCUUCAGGAGCUACAGGGAGAUCUGAGGGUUAAAGAGAGGGUUCUGCUGCAGUCGGUCCAAGCUCUCACUGAUGUGGUCUCAGACAGAAAGCCUGCUCUCUCCCAGUAUGAACAGGAAGGCCUCACUGCUCUGUGGGACGGGGACGAUGAGUCAAAGGAUGAGGCCGUGGAUGACAAGAUGCAAGACAUGCCAGCAGUGUCUUCAAAACCUCAAGUUGACAAGCUGUGGCAUCGCAUCAUUGAGGACCGAUUGGUUGUGGGCGUGAUAUCAACGACUGACAGCUCUAUACCAGUGGACAGUGUGAGUUUAUCCGUGCUGACAGAGAUGGGCCAGAGAUCAACGCCUGCAGUCAUCCAGACCCAGAGCCAAGUGUUCUGGCUCCCCAAACCCGGCCCCUGGUCCCCCUCCCCUCCAUCCACGCUUUCAGAGCCUGCGGCCAAAAGAAGCAAGCCGCACAAUGCCGGCAGACCCAAUGAUGCCAACACAUGCAGACUGGCAGUGACUACUGUGACCGGGCUGACACCUCUGUUGAACUCUGGCGGUGUCAAGUGCCCUGUCAUGCUCCAUUACGUCCAGAGACAGGAGUCUUCUGCCCUUGUGAACAACCCAACACCGAUUGUCCUGCAUUGUGGUCCUAUUCUUGUAGACAUCCAGUGCAAUUUCCAAACCCAGCUGUUGAGCAGCCCUAAACUCAAAACAGAUGAGGUCAGAGAGGAUUUGCUGAGUCUGCUGGCGGUGCUGGAUCACCGGGUCUUCCUCUUAGACUCUCCUGAUCACAGUUUAGGGGAUGUAGAUGGCUGGAUCCAGAGAACAGUGGGGUGUGAGAGGAUAGAGGUCAGCCCUCAGUAUCUGCUGUUCAACUCUUCAGGACCAUCUGCUCUUAUGCUGUUUCAUUGGCAUCAGACAACCCCUUUUCAGGGGGAACUGUCUGUCCACUCAAGAAGCCAGUUACAGAUGCUCCAGUUCCUAGACUCUCUAUUGGGUUACCUUCCUGCAUCCUGCUCAGUCCAGGCCCUGAAGGAGCCGGGGGGACGGGGUCCAGCUCAGAUGUUUUCUCUGACCUUGGAGAAAGAGGUGCUGUCACUCAAAGAUGGUGUAUCAUCGUUGCUCUGUGGAGAGACGGCGGACGGGGAGAGAUGGAGCAGCGCUGCAGUGAGACAGCAGGAGUCCCCAGAGCCAGGUAGUGCAGAGAAGCUCCAGAGGUGUCGAGAGGAGUGGGACAGGGACUUGGAGAGGAGUCGGAUGAGGUUGAGCCCCCUGGUGGAUGUGGGGAGCUAUCGCAGGCUGAGCCAAAGCCUGUCCCAAGUCCAGCUGGAGGUGGACAAGGCAGCUCUCCUGGAGACACAAAGAACCCUUUUCUCCUCUGGUUUGCUCUAGUAGAACUCCAUUAUGAUACAGUACAAAACCUUCAAAUUAUUGCACAUCUCUGGCAAUAGCUUAGCAUUGGCGAUUUUGAUAUCCAGACCAAUUCCUGCAUUCAUUUAUCAUAAAUCCACCUGAUUAACAAAAUAUCACAGUUGACCAAGGACUUGGGAAUAUGGACAAAAUCAGAUACAAUAUCUUUGGUUGAAUACGUCUAUAUUGUGGCAGUAUUGUGAGGAUGACUAUUGAUACCUUCAUAAGGUACAUGAUAUUUGACCUGAUAUUUUUCAUUAACAGUCAUUCGUAAUCCGGAUGAGGCAAAAAUAGAACAGUUACAGCGGUCUUUGUAAUGCAGCAGCAACACUUAUGCCAUAUCACAUAGUACAAUAUCCAAAGUCCCAGAUGACACCCAACCUCAUAUCACAAUAUCAGAAUAAUAUUGAUAUAUCAUCCAGCCUUGUAUUGACCUUAAAAACCAAUAUUGGUUGAACCAUAAUCUGCAUCAACUCAUUGUGUUGAUUUAAGAUGUAAGUUUGAUUCAAAAAGAAAUUCCUUAGUUUUUGUGGAAACUGUUAUGUGUCUUGAUAAAUUAAUAAAUUAAUUCACCAAUUAACCCACUGUCAGUUCUUGCUGAAAACAUCAAAUGAAGUCUAAAUCAAAGGAAAUCUUCAGCUGCAAGGAACAAGAAGUGUCUGUGGAAGUGAAAGCUGACUCUUAUAUUAUUUAUGUGUUGUGUCAAAUGUAGUGACUGAAAUGAUACAGUUAAUCAUGUAUGCUGUGCACAUUUCACCUGUACUGAAAGCUUACCCUUGUAGGCUUGGCAGGAUUCUCUGCUGAAGUGUUUGUGUGUCUGUCCUCUCAGACAGCCUCUUUGGGGUUUAUAUUUCGUGUCUGUUGGUGUGUAGCGCCUCACCCCAUAUCCACUGGACCACCUCCUGGGUUUCACAGCCUUACUCGGUCUGUGAUACUUGUCUCUACUCGGCUCUUUUUUUUUUUUUUUUUUUUUUUUUUUCUAACUCAGGUCCCUUCAGACCCCCAGUGUUUAGAAACGCUCUUUAAUGUGUGCUGCUGCUGCUGGUGUGUGCUAUCCAGUGGGAGAGGAUUGCUUCUUUCAUCCAGAAGUGAGAACUGUUGUGUGCUCAGAAUAAAGACAAAAGAGGAUGCUAAGGCGAGGGGUUAUACUGCUGCUCCGUGGCUGUAGCUGACUGUGAAAGCUUUUAGUGGCACUUUUCCCUCAUGGUUCAGUUAUUUUCCUGUGAACUGAUGUAAAGAAAAAA